UAAAAGCAAAAAUAUCAAGCAGCUGACAUAUUUAUCCACACACAAACUUUAUUACGCUUGGCGUUAGGUCAAUGGGAGCCUUUCAUUGGACCCGAGGUCCAAAAACAGCCAGCGCGAGCAUCUCCAUUUCAAAUGAAUGGGCAAUGAAAAACCUCUCCUCCGGAUUGCAUCUCCCAGACCCAGUCCCAGGCCGAGAAAGAAGAGAUUACGCAAAAGAAAGCAUAGCAAAAGAUAAACCAGAGGGAGAAGAAGACCAGGAAAGAGCUCGCUGUGAGUGGGAUUUUUCUCUCUCCACCGUCGUCUCUACCAGCGCCGAGGCAGCAGUCUCUGACACCCUAGGCGUCAUCGAAUUCGACCCUUCUAAUACAGUUGUAGCUACUGGAGGAAUUGCCAGGAAGAUUAGGAUUUACACUUUGAAUUCUUUGUUGCCACAAGAUCAGAAUACCCAAGGUGAGCAGAAUAUUACCUUUCUAGACCAUGUUAAUGCAUGUGAGUACUACAUAUGUACCCCAGCUAAGCUUAGUAGCCUUAGAUGGAAACCGGGGUCUGGUGGCCGCCUCUUGGGAUCCGGAGACUAUGACGGGGUUGUCAUGGAAUAUGAUCUAGAGAGGAAACUGCCAAUCUUCGAACGUGAUGAGCAUGGUGGGAGACGGGUUUGGAGCGUGGACUAUUCCCAUUGGGAUCCAUUCGUUGGGGCAUCCGGCUCGGAGGAUGGCACCAUGCAAAUGUGGGACCCACGCUGUGGCGAAGGAGGGGGAUGUGUGGCUAAGGUGCAGCCCGCACUGGCACGUAGGUCGGUUUGCUGCGUCGAGUUCGACCCCUUUGGUGAAGCAUUGAUAGCCGCCGGAUGCGCCGAUCGGAAGGCGUACACCUACGAUGUGCGGAAAAUGGUGGAGCCUCUCCAUGUGUAUGACGGACACACGAAAACCGUGACGUACGUUAGAUUUCUUGAUGCUCAAACAAUGGUUUCAGCCGGGACGGAUGGGUAUUUAAAGCUAUGGAAUAUUAGUGAUUCUCGUUUAAUUAGAACGUACAAAGGACACGUGAAUAGUCGGAGCUUCGUUGGGCUGUCAGUAUGGAGGCAUGGUGGCUUGCUUGGAUGUGGAUCAGAAAAUAACCAGGUGUUUGUUUAUGAUAAGAGAUGGGGUGAGCCCAUUUGGGUGCAUGGGUUCGAGCCAUUGGGUAGAGCUGGCGGGCGCGACCAUGGUUUCGUCAGUAGCGUGAGCUGGAGGCAAGUCCAUGAAGAGCAGUGCACACUUGUGGCAGGGGGUUCAAAUGGGGUUUUACAGGUUUUUGUGGGCAGAAGGAAAACAUGAUCUUCCUUCUCCCCAUUUUAGCAUGUAGUUACCACGAAUUAAGAGUUUUUUUUAACUUUUAAUUGCGUAUCAACGAUGGGAUUAUAGGGUUUUAAUCUACCCAAAAAGAAAAAUAUUAUUGGAGGACAAGGAAAGGAAGACAGAUUAUGAUAUUAGCUUUAGUUUUUGGUUGUUUUUUGAGAUAUAUGCUAACUAACAGCUGCUUCAUGAAGGUACAGCUGGUUUAGGCUGA